AUGUCGUUCGAGGCAGCGGUGGUAGGACUACCCGGAAAUUCAUAUGCAUUCACCAACUGUGUGUACCUGCACAUGGAGGAAUUUAUGUCGCUAGUCAAGCGAACCCCUUCAGGAAUCGUUACCAAGGACGAACUGCGUGCGCAUGGACUCAACGUCUGGAUAAAUCGCAAAUUUGUCAUGGCUGCUAAGCCCCAUAAGGAAAUUGAAUCAGGCACUGUGGCUGUUGGCACCAUGCAACGUAUGUGUGUAGGGCUUCCAUUAAAUCAGGCCUGUGAGGUUUCGGUCUAUGCCCCCUCUAGCGCUGCCAAAAGUGUGCUAAGCACCGUGACUUUCGAGAUCCAGCAGGUACUUACGCGUGCGCAGGGUAAUGAGUUGCGUGUCGUGGACUGUGGUUUGCUCAAAGAUGUAUUCGAGGCUGAGUAUACGCAUCAGGUAUUUGCCGUCGGGCAGCUCAUGGCUGUUAGAUGCGACGGUCUUCCUCUGCGUCUACAGUGCGUUCACAUCGACACGGUGGACGGAAGCGACAGCAACUCUGAGUUCUCUUCUCCACGCGUCGGUGCCUAUCUCCAAGGCUCGAUCAUAAACUUUACUAAAGGAAAGGACGCCCCCAUUCGCCUCGCAAAUCAAUCUAGUGGCAUGACUCGCACAGUAUUCAAGCCCGACUUUGACUUUUCUAAGCUUGGUAUCGGUGGUCUCGACAAGGAGUUUAAUGACAUUUUUCGUCGAGCUUUUGCUUCACGAUUAUUCCCAACGGACGUCAUUAAGAAGCUUGGCAUUCAGCAUGUGCGUGGUAUGCUGCUAUUCGGACCGCCUGGUUGCGGGAAGACAUUGAUUGCGAGAAAGAUUUCGAAGGCGCUGACUGCUCAAGAGCCCAAGGUAGUUAACGGACCAGAAAUUCUCGACAAAUUCGUGGGUGAGUCCGAGCGCAAGAUUCGCGAGCUGUUCUCCGAUGCCCGCAAGGACCAAGAAGAACUCGGAGACGAGAGUGAUGUGCAUAUUAUAAUUUUUGAUGAAAUUGAUGCCAUUUGCAAGCAACGUGGCUCAAGUCGCGAUAGUACAGGGGUUGGAGACAGUGUCGUGAAUCAGCUGCUGACUCAGAUCGACGGUGUUGACAGUCUGAACAACGUUCUGGUUAUUGGCAUGACGAAUCGCAAAGAUAUGCUCGACGAAGCUCUAAUGCGUCCCGGUCGUCUCGAAGUGCAAAUUGAAAUCAACUUACCAGAUGAAAAGGGUCGCGCUCAGAUUUUGAAGAUCCACACGGACCGUGCCCGUGAUAAAGGAGCUCUUCACCCGAAAGUUGUGGCAGAUUUGGAUAACUGCCUUGACCCUACCAAGUUUGUAAGCAACGAUCCAGACUACAAAAAUCUUGUUCAGCGCACCAAGAACUUUUCAGGGGCUGAAAUCGAAGGCUUGGUGCGCGCUGCUACAGCUCACGCCCUCUCACGCGGAACUGAUGGGAAAACUAUGCAUGCCAUAGCUAAUUACAAUCCGGAAAUAUCCAUGGAAGAUUUCACUUUAGCUCUGGAUGAAGUGAAGCCCAAAUUUGGCGCCCCCAGUGAUCAAUUGGCCAUGUUUUACAAGAAUGGGCUAAUUCCUUAUGGCAACUCAUUCACGGAAGUGCGUGAGGCGCUUAUCCGAGUAAUUGAGCAAGUUCGAUCAAACGACAAGACACCGCUAAUGUCUGUGCUGCUUCACGGCGAGCGCGGUGCCGGUAAGACUGCGUUGGCCACGUACUGUGCUGUUGCAAGUGAGUUUCCAUUGGUGCGUAUGGUGAAGGCAUCAGAGCUCAUCUCGCGCGCAGAAAGUGGCAAGUGCUCAUACAUUUACAAUGUCUUUGAAGAAGCGUAUCGAUCCUCUCUUAGCAUUAUUAUCUUGGACGACAUCGAGCGACUCAUGGACUACGUUGGACUGGGCCCUCGCUUUUCGAACCUGGUUCUGCAGGCGCUGAUGGUGUUGGUUCGCAACCCUGUGCCAGUGGUUGGUCGUAAACUCGUGGUUAUUGGUAUCACAUCCAACAUUGCCGCGAUGCAGGCUGUGGAACUGAGCGACGUGUUUGACCUGUGCCUAGAGGUGCCACAACUCACGCAGAAGGACGAGCUGGACGCCGUGCUUACUCACACGGGAUUGCCCGUUGCAAAUGAUCAGAAGAACAAGGUGCUUGCAUUGCUGUCGGAUCGCCCGAUCUCUGUCAAGAAGCUGCUGCUGGUGACAGAGAUGGCGAAAGAGGAGCUCAAUCGCACUGGCGACACCAACAUCACAGCGCAGCAACUCAUCGAGUGCGCCUAUAAGUUUGUUUAG